GCUUCGGGACUGCAGAAACAAGCAGUGCAGAAAACGAGUUGGAGCUUGGAUGUGGAUCACCAGAUUUGAAGGAUUGUUACAACCAGUGGCAGAAAGCUACAGUGAAGAAGAGUUAUCAUUGUAGUGUUGGACCCGCGGGCUCUUUUUACCUUGGAUUUAAUUAGAACAACAUGACUCUGGAAGAUAUCACUGGAACUGACAAUACCAGCAAAAAGAUGCAGCCAAUUGAUCAAGCUUUAGAAAAAUUGUUGGUGACGGCGCAACGUCAGGGUUUCUUGACGGUUGGAGUCUACGAGUCGGCAAAGUUAAUGAAUGUUGACCCAGACAGUGUCGUCCUGUGUCUACUGGCGGCCGAUGAAGAAGAUGAAGGCGACAUCGCCUUGCAGAUACAUUUCACCCUGAUCCAGGCUUUCUGCUGCGAGAACGACAUUAACAUUGUGCGGCUCCGGGGAGUCAAGCGCUUGGAAGAACUUCUGGAGACCGGGGACGAGACUGCUGAACCCCGGGACAUACACUGCAUGCUAGUCACGAACUCUCAUACCGAUGUUUGGAAAUGUGAGGCGUUGGAGGAAGUCGGAAGCUAUUGCGAGGAAAGUAGAAACAAGAACCAGUGGGUUCCUACCGUGUCCCUGCAAGAACGCUGAAGGUUCAAAUCAGCAGAAGAAAAGGAAGCUGAGAAGAAAGCGUCUUUAAUUAAAUGAGAAAUGUAUGCCGUUUUCUUUUACACAAAGAUGCGGAUUGAUGAGAGGAAAAAUCAUGUUUGCAAAGGCAUUUUUGUUUUUUUUUAAAGAGGUAAAGAAGACGGCAUACCCGGCGGAAACUUGGCUGUUUUUUACAACUGCGAGUGGAUUGGCAUCCGCUCCCGGAACCGAGAAGACAGCUGCAGUGGAGGAGCUGGACUGGAGAUGUGGAAACCCGAUUUGGAAACGAAAUGAAGGAGAGAUUUCGAAGCAGGGCUCUUUUGUAUCUAGAUUUAUUUGAUAAUAGACUGGACCGAGAUGCAGAAAGUGGGAGAAAGGAUUUGUGAAGACUCGAAUACAAGAGGACUGUAAUCCUGGUGUGGAGGAUGGAUGGGCGUUUUGUUUAAACAGUGGAUGGCCGGUUGCCCCCUCCUCCCCUCGGUGACUGAUGGAGGCUUUUUUUUCCACCUCUUGCUGGAGGCGGAACAACGUGCGAGCCUGCACUGGAACUGCGUUUUGGAGCUGUUUUGCAUUUUUAAAUCGAGCUCGUCCCCCACACAAGUUACUAUUUCCUUUGUACAGGAAGGGGAUUUGCAGCAAAUGUUUACUGAACUGUUGCAUUUAGCUUCAAUACUGGGAUUUUUGCAUAGAAUCUCAACGUUAUGUAACGGGCAUCGUGCAAUUUAAUUCUAAACUAUUAUUCUGAAAUGUUAUGUAUUAUUUUUAAUUCAGCGUCUUAUUUAUAACGCUGUAAUUUCUUUGUCUUUUCUGAUAUAUGUAAGAAAAUGAACUCGUGUUUCUAUUACAAAU